CUCAUCCUUGCAAAUAGAAAUCACCAUUGAAAAAGCAAAAGAAAAAAAAAACUCUGAAAUAAUCAAUCCCAUACUCCAGGAAGAGGCCUCACUCCAACUCGUAUACUCCCCAAAUAGAAGAAAACGAGGGAAGAACCAUCGCCCCACGAAAAUGGCAGUCGACGAACUCACGGCCUUCCUCUCCGAGCAUCCUGGCAUUAGAUGCGUCCUCCCCUCUGCCUCUGAAUUCUCUGAGUAUAGCACCGUCUUUACUCAGCCCGCUAACACCUCUCCCUCCGCCGUCCUUCGGCCCACAACAGUCCAGGAUGUUGCAGAGGCUGUCUCUUUCCUAGCUGCCCAUGGCAUCGAGUUCACAGUCCGCGCUGGGGGGCAUGACAUGUGGGGCCGCGGUAUCAAGGACGGAACAGUUGUACUCGACCUGCGUCUGCUCAACCAGGUGCGCUUGGACCAGGAGACUUCUACCGCGAGGAUUGGCGGUGGGACACUGCAGGGUGAUGUGGUUACUACGCUGCAGCAGGAUGGGUAUAUGACGCCCGUCGGCACGAUCGCGACCGUGGGCUACGUGGGGUGGGCAAUGUACGGCGGGUACGGGCCGUAUUGCCCGGUGUUUGGGAUGGGAGUGGACCAGAUCGUGGGGGCGAAGGUUGUCACUGCAGCGGGGGAGGUGGUGGAUGCGGACGGGGAGCUGCUGAAGGCGAUCAAGGGCGCUGGCGGUGCGUUCGGGGUGGUGGUUGAGGUCACGGUCAAGACGUACAAGCUCAAUCAGAUCUUCGCAGGCACCAUCAUAUACAACUCCGAUGACCUUGGCAGCACGAUCCAGCAGUUCAGCCACGGCUACGAGGCACUCAAGGCAGAGGAGAGAAUUCCGCCACAGCUGAGUCUCCAGCCAGCCAUCAUCAAAGCGCCAAACCCGACCUUGGUGGUUCUCUUCGUUUGGGCUUCCGCGGACACGCAGGCAGGGCGAGGCUGGGUGGACAAGAUCUCAUCCCUCGCCCCGGUCGUGGCCACGACGGUGCAGCCGACAACCCCGACAACCUGGCUCGCGGAUGCAGCCCAGUUCGCUCCGGCCUCAACACGCGGAGGCGUCUACACCAUCAACCUGAAGAGCAUCACCGACGAGGUUGCGGCUGUGAUGGUGAGAUACGCCCUGAGCAUCCCACGUGACCCUCACACAUUCUGGGGGGUGCAUGAGCUGCGCGGUGGCACCGUCUCUGCGCAGUUCAAGGCAGACGCGGUCUUUGCCGCGCGCGAGGGCCACUUGAUCUUUGAGAUCUUGGCCAUUGCAGAGAGCGAGGAGAACCUCGAUGAAGUCCUGGCGUGGGGGAGGAAUUUCCAGAGAGCUUUGUUGACCACUGAGAGGAAAAAUAUCGUUCCGGCAUCGUACUUGUCAUUUAUGCGACGCGAGGAGGUAGACCGUGGCAAGGCCUUUGAGGAGGAGGAUCUUGUGUUGUUGCGCAGGGUGAAGGAGAGGGUUGAUCCGCAGAAUGUCUUCUGCAAUGCCAUUUCUUACAUCUAACGCACGUUGCUCAGACUAAAAGAACCGCAA